CACACAGACCCCCACACACAGCCCCACACAGACCCCCACACACAGCCCCCGGAGCCGCCGCCAUGAUCCUCCUGGAGAUAAACAACCGCAUCAUCGAGGAGACGCUCAGCCUCAAACUGGACAACGCGCUGACGGGCAACAAGCCUGACACAGUGGAAGUCACGUUUGCAGAUUUUGAUGGCGUCCUUUAUCACAUCUCCAACCCCAAUGGGGACAAGACCAAAGUCAUGAUCAGCAUCUCCCUCAAGUUCUACAAGGAGCUGCAGGACCAUGGGGCUGACGAGUUACUGAAGCGUGUGUAUGGCACUUAUCUCACAUCUCCUGAAGCAGGCUAUAAUGUGUCGUUGCUGAUUGACCUGGAGAACAUCCCGGCUAACAGGGAGGAGCUGGUGCACCAGGCCGGCAUGCUGAAGAGGAACUGCUUCGCCUCGGUCUUUGAGAAGUAUUUCAACUUCCAGGCCGACGGCAAGGAGGUGGAGAGCAGAGCCGUCAUCCACUACAGGGAGGACGAGACAUUGUAUGUGGAGGCCAAGAAGGACCGAGUGACUGUGGUUUUCAGCACAGUCUUCAAGGACGAUGACGAUGUGGUGAUUGGGAAAGUCUUCAUGCAGGAGUUUAAGGAGGGCCGCCGAGCCAGCCACACGGCCCCCCAGGUUCUGUUUAACCACCGGGAGCCCCCACUGGAGCUGAAGGACACAGACGCUGCUGUGGGCGACAACAUCGGAUACAUCACCUUCGUGUUGUUCCCGCGACACACCAGCCCCAACACCCGAGACAACACCAUCAACCUGAUCCACACCUUCAGGGACUAUCUGCACUACCAUAUCAAGUGCUCCAAGGCGUACAUCCACACGAGGAUGAGGGCUAAAACCUCAGAUUUCCUGAAGGUGCUGAACCGAGCUCGCCCAGACGCCGAGAAAAAAGAAAUGAAAACCAUGUCGGGCAAGACUUUUUCAGUCCGAUAAUCGGAUGUCAGGCCGUUACUAGCAGGAGCUGUGACCGCACUCGCUGGGCUCGGAGCCUGUGUGGGGGGCAGUUCCCUGGCCCCCCACCGCACCCCAGAGAAUCUCCGAGGCCUUGUGAGAAUUUGAGCUGUGGCUCCAGCCAGACCCCAACGUGAUUAAAAGCUUUGUCUCCUGAUCAAACCCCUCUCUUCCCCCAUCUCCCUGCUCCUCUGCUGUCGCUGGCUUCACCCAGAGCCGUGAGCCUGAGUGCAACAAAUCUGCCAAUAAAUCGUUCUCAGACAAUAUAA